AUGAAGGUGACUGUGUGUUUCGACAACGUUAGAGUGGUGGUUCCUUGCGGGAAUGGAACCCUACUGGUUAAAGACUUAAUGCAUGAGGCUAUUCUAAGGUAUAAAAAAGCAACUGGAAAAAAUGAUAGUGCACUAACUAUAAACAGCUUAUCCUCCUUAACUGGAGGUGGUCUGUUGGAUCCAGAUGACAGGUUAUGCGAUGUAGCCGAUGAUAGAGAGCAGAUUGUUGCUCAUUUUGUGAGUACAGAUUCUACGCAUGCUGGUGGUGAUGGGGCAAGUUCUGUGGGGACAAACAGCCCUGACUUUUUUCACUCGGAUGGCAAAGAAUUAACUUAUGCAAUUGAUACACAUUCCUCUAUACCUAGCAGUAGUAUUAAAAGGGAAAGUACUAAAAGAUUGUCAAUGCAUGCAUUGUCGACUAGAGAACCUUGUUUAACCACGUAUUCCGCUCAAUCUCUUCCCAGAGAAUCUAGACGUAGAGAACCAUUGGGGCAAGAUGCCAAAGUAUCGUUUGAAUAUGCAAAUCUAGAACUUGCAGAUCAAAGUGAGGUUCGAGAAAUUGUGAUAAAAAAUGAAGCAGGUCCACUAGGACUUCAUGUGGUGCCAUGUUAUGAUCUAUUGGGUAAUGACCAAGGACUCAGAGUCGAAGGCAUUGAGCCUAAUGGCAGAAUUGCUAGAGAUGGACAAAUUGAUUUGCAUGAUAAGAUCAUAAAAAUAAAUGGCCACAAUCUAUUGCAUAUACCAUUCUCCAAAGUGCAAGAAAUAUUUAGGACUUGUAUGACUGAACCAUGUCUGCAGAUUUCAGUAGUAAAGCAUAAAAAGCCACGUGAGAAAUCAUUGCAUAAGGGUCACGGUAACAUUAGUGGAGGGUCAGAGAAAACAGAACCAGAUGACAAUGGUAAAAGACUUCAGUGUAGCAACUAUAACCUCUUACAAACUGCUAAUACACGAAAAAUUGGCCGUAUGAUAGAAAUAGAAUUAACAAAAGGAAGUAAUGGACUGGGUUUUAGUGUCACAACACGAGAUAAUCCUGCGGGAGGACAUUGCCCCAUAUACAUUAAGAAUAUAUUACCAAAAGGUGCUGCAGUUGAAGAUGGAAGAUUAAGGCCUGGUGACAGGUUGCUGGAAGUAAAUAAUAAAGAAAUGACAGGCAAGAGUCAAGCAGAAGUGGUUUCGCUUCUUAGAAGUAUUCAUCCUGGUGGGAAGGUGAGAAUGGUGGUUUCUCGUCAAGAAGAAAUUUCUUCUAGUAUUCCAGAUACUCACACCCAUGUCACUUCCACCAGUCAAACUUCAGAAACUACAGACAAUUCGAAAUAUUGGAAUACGGUGAACACAUCAUCAAUGAAAAAGAACACUGAAGUUCACGAUAAAAUGAAUGCCCACAGUUUCGAUAACAGUACAUUUAAGUCUGUAAAAUCGUCAGAAGACAUUGUAUUGUCACCCCGUAAAAACCGUAUGAUACUAACCUUGGAUAUACCAGUGCAUGAUUCAGAGAAAGCUGGAUUGGGUGUCAGUGUGAAGGGAAAGACAACUAAUACAGAUGAGAAUACCAAUAUGGAUUUGGGUAUUUUCAUAAAAAGUGUUCUUCAUGGAGGUGCAGCAUCGCGCGAUGGAAGAUUAAGGACCAACGACCAGUUGCUCAAUGUGAAUGGGGUGUCUUUAUUAGGAUUAUCCAAUUCUGAUGCAAUGGAAACCCUCAGAAGAGCAAUGCUCAAUACAAAUAGCUCUGUAACAGGUGUAAUUACCCUUACCAUAGCCAGAAGGAUAUCUUCCUAUGAUGCAAAUGAAAAAAAUCUUCCAGAAAACUUGUCAUCCCAUUGUAAAUUAGAAUCCGCGAAUAGCAUAUACAUAUCAGAUACCACGACAGCGAACGAAGGUCGGGUAAAAGAGAAGAACAACCUAAAUUCACAGUCAGACAUCUUGGAUAACGGAGGGUUAUUGUCCUGUGUAACCGCAUCCCCUUGGAACCCGGUCAUAGACAGACUGACAGAACAGUAUAACAAAAACAGUUUAAGAAACGAAAGCUAUUGCAUCGCUACCAAUAAAACGUGGAUAGAACCUGUUGGCAACUUGAAGAAGAUUACCGUGGGACAACGCGACGACCGCGCGGAGCCAGUACUGCUGGAGGACUCCAAUGACGUCCAGUGCAAUGAUGCCAAAAGAACUACAGACGAUAAGGACAGUCAGUAUUCCGGGGACCCGACUUACGACAGUCAAUUGUCGUUGGAGGAAUUCAGUUCAUCGUCCAACAAAUUUUCCCGUGAUGCUCUGGGCAGGCAGAGUAUGUCGGAGAAGCGACAUGCUGCCCUAGACGCAAAGAACACUGACACAUACAAGAGGAACAAGAAAUUGCGCGAAGGACGAGAGAAUAAAAGUCAGGAACAACCGAAUCAAAAGCCCGCGAAUCAAUCGACCGACUCAGAGGAUCAGACAAGGCGAACAGUAGGUAAACCGGAGAGUUUCGAGAAAUGUAAAAGUAGUAGUAAAGGCACCAUAGAAGGGAGCACGAGCGACGGUAAUCUGAAACGAUACGAGAAGUCCGUGGACCCAGUCCAGUCUGAUUAUGUAUACACUGUAUCGGGAUGUAAUAAUAAGUUCACCUCGCCGAGGAAACAUUGGCUGGUGGACGAUAUACACGGGGAGAUAACGAGUAGCAAUAAUUUUAAGGACGAUCGCGAGGGUUUUCCAAAUAGUCGAGGGGACGUGAAACAGGCUUCGCUCAAUUCAGCUCUAGACGAUCGAUACAAACGUUCGCGGAAAAAAGGUGGCAUUCGGUCGAUGCUUCGACUAGGGAAAAAUAGGAAAUCGCUCAAUUUCGGUGACAGUAUAGAAGCUCGGCACGAAUCCAGUAAUUAUUGCAGCGGAACAAUAAAUUAUAUCGCAUAAUAUUAAAGAGAGAAAGAGAGAGAGAAAGAGAAAAAGAGAGAG